AUGGCCCGUGCGUCGCAAGGCCACGGCUCGAGCUUGGCAAAGAGGCUGUCGCUCAGCUUGCUUGUGUCCGUGUCGACCCUCAUGGCCAUGUGCUCCAAGAAAGCAAGCCAAAUCUCAAGGAAGCUCAUCAAAGCCAAGCCAAAGAGUUCAAGAUUCAUGCCAAAACUACCAUUAAGGUGUCCCGGCAAACAGGUCUUCAUCACGAAAAUCACCAGAAGAAACAAGAAGAAGGCGGCCUACGGCGAAGAAGAUGGCAAUGAGGUCGCCGGAGACGGAGGGGUGUGGCGGAGGACGAUCCUGAUGGGGGAUCGAUGUCAGCCUCUGAACUUCUCCGGCGUAAUUUACUACGAUGAGAACGGCAACAGACUAGACCAAUUGCCGCCGAGAUCGCCGCGCCGCCCAGCGAGUCCCUUGCCGGGCUACCUCACAAAUGCAUUUAAAUAG